AUGAAUUCAGAGAAUUCAGAAGUAAAAAAUCGAACAUUGGCGAAUGCGAGAGAACGAAAACGAAUGAAAUGGUGAGUUAUUUAGAUUACUGUGGGUUUACUUAGAAGAGGAUUUUGAAGUUUGAAUUAUUUGUCUACUUUUCCAGAAUUUGAGGAAUAGAUGUUUUAUUCCCAGGUUUUCAAAGUCUCUUCUGAAUUUCUAAUUUUUGAGACCAGUUUUUGCCUGUUUUUUGGACACCGCUACUUUUGAGUCUGAUAUUGAAAUCAGAAUUUAAUUGUUAAAUAGAAAGUUAAAAUUUAAAAUUAGAAUAAACUUUUCGAAAACAUACACCAAGAUUCUCGGACCAUGAAAAUUUGGAUAUUAAUUUUCAGCAUAAAUGUUGGAUUUGAUCAUUUGCGAAAACAAUUACCUGGUCGAUAUCACGAUAAAAGAUUAUCCAAGGUAAGAUUUAUGAAAAAAAUAUUUUCCAAAAUUUAAAUGCCUAAUUUUCAGGUAGAAACUCUCAAAUCAGCCAUUGAAUAUAUAAAUACCCUAUCAAAUCUUCUACAAAAUCAUCCUCCACCAAAUACACCAAACACUUCACCUAACUUUUUCGCCUAUCAAUCGACUAUUUGGACACCUCCUCAAAACUUGAAUAAAUAA